UUCACAAAGUGGAGGGGGAGGGGAGUCUAUUGGGAGUGGAGUUAAUACAUCAUUACCUAAUACACCCUCACCACCAAUGUAUUCUUCCUCUUUGGAAAAGAUUGGAACCCCAACAAUUGAGAAUGCUUCUCCAGUUGUUGCUGCUCCUUCAUCUUCUUCAAGUUCUGAAGACCAACAAAAAGAUUAUUGGGUUGCUCUUUUUGGUGCUGGAGGUGUUGGGAAAUCUUCCUUAGUUCAAAGAUUUAUUAAAAAUACAUUUACCGAUGUUUAUUCUCCAACAAUUGAAGAUACAUACCAACAAGUAAUUAAUUGUAGUGAUCAAGGUAGAUUAGCUGUCUGUACCCUUCAUUUAGUUGAUACAACUGGUUCUCAUCAAUUCCCAGCAAUGCAAAGACUUGCAAUGCAGAGAGGAAAUGCUUUUAUUCUUGUUUAUUCAAUUACUUCAAAACAAAGUUUAGAAGAACUUGGACCGAUUGUUAGAACAAUUAAAGAGACAAGAGGAGAUGAGGCGAUAAUGGAAGUACCGAUUGUUUUGGUUGGAAAUAAAAUAGACGAAUCAACAAAAAGAGAAGUUAGUUUUGAAACAGGCGAAGCAUUGGCACAAAGAUGGGGGUGUGGAUUUGUUGAAACAAGUGCUAAAUUGGGGCAAAAUAUAACUGAAUUAUUUCAACGUUUACUUUCAUUGGAAAAAAGGAGAAAUUUAACAUUAAAUGCAACAGAUUUAAUAAAUGAAAAAGGAGGAGAAGGAGGAGGAAUUAAUAAUUUAAUAAAUUCUUCUUCUAAACAAAAACGUUGCGCCAUAAUUUAA